CUCCUUACUGCACCGUAAAUCUUCUCUCCAGAGCCAGUGAGAACGCAAAAACCGCAGCAAUGCCUGCUCCCGGUGUGUGUCUGAACAUCAUGGAGGCUCGUCACAAGCAGGACGGUUACGGGAGCUCCGCCAAUCCUGAGGGAUUCUUAAACCAAGACUACAAGCAGCUCAAACAGUACUGUCUCAUACAAGGAGUGAGGUACAUUGAUGACAUGUUCCCCCCUGACAGGAACUCCAUCGGCCAUGGGUUGCUGAGACCUUCUGACCUGGACCUUGUGGUGUGGCUGAGACCAGCAAAAAUUGCUCCUAAUCCAUCCUUCGUACUUGAUGGGAUCUCCAGGUUUGACUUUGGUCAAGGAGUACUUGGAAACUGCUGGUUUCUUGCAUCUAUUGGAGCUCUGACCUUCCAGAAUCAUGUCCUCGGGCAAGUUGUUCCUCUGGAGCAAACAUUUGAUGAGAACUACUGUGGACUGUUUCACUUCAGGUUCUGGAGGUUUGGAAGGUGGGUGGAUGUUAUCAUUGAUGACAAGCUACCGACAAUCAAUGGCAGACUGAUCUUCGUCCACUCCAAGGACCCAAAUGAGUUCUGGCCUGCUUUGCUGGAGAAAGCCUAUGCCAAGGUGUGUGGUUCCUAUGCCGACAUGUGUGCUGGAACUCCUGCAGAGGCUAUGAUGGACUUCACUGGUGGUGUCCACAUGUGCAUCCAGUUGUCAGAUCCUCCUAAAAACCUGUGGGAGCUGAUGUACAGGGCUGGUAGCUCUAACUCACUGAUGGGCUGUGGUACACCUCAGGGGGAGACCUCCGCCAACACUGUACUACCAAAUGGAUUGGUCCAAGGCCAUGCUUACACUGUCACAGGUGUCAAACAGAUGAUGAGCCAAGGGAAACUUGUAAACCUGGUGCGUUUGUGGAACCCAUGGGGCAAAGGAGAGUGGAAAGGAGACUGGAGCGAUCAGUCGUUGCUGUGGCAAACCGUGAGUGCUCAUGAUCGUAAGACGUGCCAUUCAGUGGAUGAUGAUGGAGAGUUUUGGAUGACCAUGGAAGACUUCUGUAAGUUCUACACAGAUCUUGACAUUUGCUGCACAAGUCCAGACUUCCUUGAUGGAAACUCCUCUUCUCGUUGGAACACCUCCACAUAUGAGGGCAGAUGGGUUGCAGGAACCACUGCUGGAGGAUGCAUGAAUAACCGAGACAGUUUCUGGACUAAUCCACAGUAUCGUGUCAAAAUUGAUGGUCCAUAUUCAGAAAAAGAUGGCGGAAAAAACAUGCUGGUGUCUCUCAUGCAAAAGCCAGACAAGAGAAACCGACGCUUGGUCCAGAAUGUCCACAUUGGAUUCUCUGUGUUUGAAGUGACUGAACAAUACAAGACACAGAAGGGGAAGUUCCCAGCCACUUUCUUCAACACCCGCCAACCUGUGGCCCAAACGAAAGCCUACCUGGAUGCUCGUGAUGUGAUGGAGUUCCUACUGCUAAAGCCUGCUGAAUACCUGAUUGUGCCGUCCACUUUCAGUGCCAAUGAGACAGCCUCCUUCCUCCUGAUCAUCCAAUCCAAAGCAGAGACCCAUGGCUAUGAGAACUCUGGUUACUAUAAUCAGGAGCCAGUUCCAGAGCUCAAGCAGGUAAAAAAUGCAGAGGAAGAUGAAAAUAAGAAGACCUUUUUCCGCCAGUACUCAGACAAGUAUGAGGAGGUAGAUGCUGAGCAGCUCCAGAGGCUUCUGAAUGAAAAAAUCCUGAAAGGCGACUUGAAAUCUGGAGGCUUCAGCAUUGAUGCCUGUCGCAGCAUGGUUGCUUUGAUGGAUACAUCCAUCACGGGCAAACUCAACAGUGAGGAAUUUGUUCGUCUGUGGAACAAAGUCGCCACAUACAAGGACAUUUUCUUCAAGACUGAUGUUUCACGAACCGGGACGCUGUCUCUGAGUGAACUAAGGAAUGCAUUCAUGGCUUCAGGAAUGAGGGUCAGCGAUGACAUGCUGAAUCUGAUGGCUCUGCGCUACGGUGCCUCCUCUGGCCACAUGUCACUGGAGAGUUUCAUCAGUCUCAUCCUUCGUUUGGACUGCAUGUUCAAAAUCUUCACACAAUUGUCUGAUGGAAAAGCCAUGAAUCUUCGAGAGUCAGAGUGGAUGUAUAUUUCAAUGUACACCUAACCUGACAUGGACAGUUGCCUGCACAAUUCAACUGGAAUUAUACGAGAAUGAAAGAGAAUGUUUUCUUUUCAUUUGCCAAAUUGCAUGAAGAACAAAAUAUAUAUCUCUCUGUGAAUGAGUCUUUACGCAGUAUGAACUGUAACUAAAGGGCAUUUUUUUUUGUGUAACUAUAUAAUGUGCCUCAACCAACACUAAUGUGACAAAAUAACAUAACCAAUGCUAUGAUAUAUAAUGGAUCAUAUAACCAAAUUACCUUUGUAAGUUUUAUGUUAGACUGGAGACUCUUCUUACAUAUCUACAUUUAUUUGUGCAUUUGUGGUAUCAUUAGUAGACUCAUGAUGUUAUCACUCUGUGCUUUAUGAAAUGAAAACAUACAAACAUGUUUAAAAUUUCAAUUCAUGACGAGCUCAUUUUAACUACCA